GCUGCGGGUCUGCGGCGGGCACCGCGGCUCCGCAGCUGUCUGCGGCUGGGAUCGUCCUCUCACGUUCAGGAAGCUUCUGGAACACACGACCCCUCUGCAAUGGAAACAAGAUCUGGAUCCCCAGCUUCAGCCAUGUUCUCAGAGCCCUGACCAAAGAGUUCACCUUGAAUUGGGAACCUUCUGAAAGUUACCCGCGAGGGACCUCAAGUAGAACCUCUGGAGAAGCCCUGCAGCACCCAUGCCAGACAAUACCACAGCGCGCUCAGGGACCCUCCACUGGCUUCAGGAUCUCCUGGAGGGAAAACUAAGCCGUGUCAUUCCCGGGAAGGGAGCUCCAGGCAGGACGGAAGAGAGAAGAGCCAUCCAGAAUUUUGAAAGGAAAUUUCAGUCUGAGCAGGCUGCUGGCUCCGUCUCCAAAAGCACACAGUUUGAGUACGCCUGGUGCCUGGUGCGAAGCAAAUACAAUGAUGACAUCCGUAAAGGCAUCAUGCUCCUGGAGGAGCUGUUGCCCAAAGGGAGCAAAGAGGAACAGCGGGAUUAUGUCUUCUACCUGGCAGUGGGCAACUACCGCCUCAAGGAGUAUGAAAAGGCCCUAAAGUAUGUGCGAGGAUUGCUGCAGACUGAGCCCCAGAACACCCAGGCCAAGGAGCUGGAGCGCCUCAUCGACAAGGCUAUGAAGAAAGAUGGACUAGUGGGCAUGGCAAUUGUUGGUGGCAUGGCCCUGGGUGUGGCGGGACUGGCCGGACUCAUUGGACUAGCUGUCUCCAAGUCCAAAUCCUGAAGACAGCCUCACCUGCCUGGCGCGCCCGAGAGCCUGGGGGCCACUGGAAGAGGGUCCUGCCCGUCCUCACCAUCGCCUUCCCUUCUCCUCCCCACCCCUUGUCAUCCAUCUCUAGAGUCUUCGUGACCUUCAAUCUCUCAUCCCCCAGCACCUGUUGUUUAGCCCUGAGUCAAGCUUUGCAAUGAGUGUAAAUAAAAUUGGGCUGCGGCUUGGGAA